AUGGCCCACCAAGCACAUGCAUAUCAUAUGGUUGAUCCAAGCCCAUGGCCCCUAACCGGCGCAGUAGCUGCUCUCCUAAUAACAUCAGGUUUAGCUAUCUGAUUCCACUUCCACUCAACCAUCCUUAUAACACUAGGAUUAGCACUAAUACUACUAACCAUAUAUCAAUGAUGACGAGACAUUGUGCGAGAAAGCACCUUUCAAGGACAUCACACACCGCCCGUUCAAAAAGGCCUACGAUAUGGAAUAAUCCUAUUUAUUACCUCAGAAGUAUUCUUUUUCAUUGGUUUCUUUUGAGCUUUCUAUCAUUCUAGCCUAGCACCCACCCCAGAAUUAGGAGGCUGCUGACCACCAACUGGCAUUACACCACUAGAUCCAUUCGAAGUGCCCCUACUAAAUACCGCCGUACUCCUAGCAUCUGGUGUUACAGUUACAUGAUCACACCACAGCAUCAUAGAAGGUGAACGCAAACAAGCAAUUCAAUCACUAGCGCUUACAAUCCUCCUAGGAUUCUACUUCACCGCCCUCCAAGCCAUAGAAUACUACGAAGCCCCUUUCACAAUCGCCGACGGAGUAUAUGGCUCAACCUUCUUCGUAGCAACAGGAUUCCACGGACUACAUGUCAUUAUUGGAUCGACCUUCCUAACCAUCUGCUUACUCCGACAAAUUCAAUAUCAUUUCACAUCAGAACACCACUUCGGAUUCGAAGCAGCUGCAUGAUACUGACACUUCGUAGAUGUUGUAUGAUUAUUCCUAUACGUCUCUAUUUACUGAUGAGGCUCAU